CUUCAAUCACUCUCUCAUCCUAACAAUCCAUUAUUUAACGUGGGUACCAAAGUAUUUUCUUUGUUAACUUUGAUCUCAUGUAAAAAAAAGAUAAAAUAUAAAAAUACUUAUAUUUUAGAACGUAUAAAUACUCAAAUAUUAAAUUUUUUAUGCAUCAGAGUUCAUGACCGUUGCUUUCUGAUCUGACGCUUAAUAAGUAUCCUCAUGAGUAAUCUGCACCAAUUUUCCCAUCCCUUUCGCGCCGUAACUCAUCAUCGGCCAUCGCCGCCGCCGCCGCCGCCGCCUUUCCCCUUCCGGCGGCGUCGUCUCCAUUCCACUCCCACCGGAACAGUACUCCCGACUUGCCUGAGCCCGAGUCUCUUCUGUAGGGCAUGAGAGAUGCGUCCUCCGGGCUCCUCAACUACGCCCGCUUCAGCGGCCUCCUCGCCAGCUGCGGUCGCGAGGGAGACCUCCGCCUCGGCGCCGCCCUCCACGCCGCCGUCGUCAAGAACCCCGCCCACUUCCGCCUCUGCGCGAGCCGGCCCUGGCUCCGCCACGUCCUCGUCGCCUGGAACUCGCUCGUCUCCAUGUACGCCAGGUGCGGCCGCCGCGAGGACGCCGCCAGGGUGUUCGACGAAAUGCGCGUCCGCGACGCCGUCUCCUGGAACUCGCUCAUCGCCGCCUCCCGCGGCGCCGGCGACGCGCUCGCGCUGUUCAGGCGGAUGCUGCGGUCGGACGCGCGCGCCUGCGACCGCGCCACUUUCACGACGGUCCUGUCGGAGUGCGCGCGCGCGGGCGCGGCGUCGCUCCCAGCGUGCGCCAUGGUGCACGGGCUGGUGGUUUCGUGCGGCUUCGAGGCGGAGGUGCCUGUCGGGAACGCGCUGGUGACGGCCUACUUCGAGUGCGGGUCUCCAGCCUCGGCAGAGAGGGUGUUCCAUGGAAUGGCAGAGAAGAACGUCAUCACGUGGACAGCGAUGAUCUCUGGGAUGGCCAGGGCAGAGCUGUACAAGGAGAGCUUCAGUCUUUUUGGGCAGAUGAUCCGCACGGUGGAUGCCAACAACGCGACGUACUCGUGCGCCCUGCUAGCUUGCGCCAGAUCUUUAGCAGCAAGGGAAGGUCAGCAGGUUCAUGGGCUUGUUGUGAAGGCUGGAUUCGAGGAUGAUCUCCAUGUCGAAAGCGGCCUCAUGGAUGUCUAUUCCAAAUGCGGUUUGAUGGAGGAUGCUCUGACCGUCUUUCGCUCUUGUCGAGAACCCGAUGAAGUUUUUCUGACAGUGAUCCUGGUUGGAUUUGCUCAGAAUGGACUGGAAGAGAAAGCAUUCGAAUUGUUCGCCGAGAUGGUGGGUGCAGGAAAUGAGAUUGAUGAAAACACUGUUUCUGCAGUUCUGGGGGCAUUCGGUGCUUCUGCGCCAUUUGCUCUUGGGAAGCAAAUCCAUGCAUUGGUCAUCAAGAGGUGUUUUGGAGUGAAUACCUAUGUCUGCAAUGGUUUGGUCAAUAUGUAUUCAAAAUGCGGUGAAUUGAGAGAGUCUGUCCGGGUGUUUGAUGAAAUGCCCAGUAAGAACUCAGUUUCAUGGAACUCCAUCAUUGCAGCCUUCGCCAGACAUGGACAUGGUUCAGAGGUCUAUCAGCUGUUCGAAUCCAUGAAAGCUGACGGUGCCAAGCCCACCGAUGUCACAUUCUUGUCGCUGCUUCAUGCUUGUAGUCAUGUUGGGUCAGCUAAGAAGGGACUGGAGAUCUUGAAUUCUAUGUCAUCACAGUAUGGAGUUCUUCCAAGGAUGGAGCAUUACGCAUGUGUGGUUGAUAUGCUUGGCCGAGCCGGCUUGUUAGACGACGCAAAAUCGUUUAUAGAAGAUGGACCUUUCACGGACAAUGCUCUUCUUUGGCAGGCUUUAAUGGGAGCUUGUAGCUUCCAUGGCAACUCCGAAGUUGGGAAGUAUGCAGCAGAGAAGUUGCUCCUCCUGGACCCUAGUUGUACGGCUGCUUAUGUGUUGCUGUCAAACAUCUACUCAUCCGAGGGAAGAUGGGAUGAUCGAGCCAAGGUGAUGAAGAGGAUGAGCGAAAUGGGCUUGAGGAAGGACACUGGCAAGAGCUGGAUCGAACUCGAGAAGGAGGUUCACUCUUUCGUUGUCAGAUCAACAUCUCAUCCUAAUUCAGCUGCUGCUGUUCGUUGAUGAUGUGCUGCAUCAUCUGUCCAGUGAUCAAGACCUGAUGGAGAACACCGCUUUGUGAGAUUUCAGAGUACCGAAAGAAGUAUGCACCCUCAAAGUCAAAGCCAUAGAGAUUCGCCGUCUGAGAUGUGAACGACUCAACUGUCAUCUUCCUCCGGUGUCGCGCGCCGCCGCCGCACCAUGGACGUCGUCAGCAUCGUCGGGCUACAGGACGACGGCAGCGAGCCGGCAACCGGAGGGUAGCAAGAACAGCUUCCCGGCGGCCAGUUCACGCCGGCGAAGGUCGCAGGGUGAGGAUGGCGUGACACGUACGCCAACUGGAAGAUCAUUUCUGCACCAACAUCACUGAGUGACAGAGACCAGGAGGAGCCAUAUGUAAUUGUGUGACAACAACGUUUCAAUGUACAAGUAUCCAGAGUGAAGAGCCUCAUGAAACAAUCCAUAUAUUUUGCCACAAGUAUAAUUAUCAGAGCAGUAUGAAUCUC